UCCGUCCACUCAUUCUUAUGUCUGGCCAAGAAUCACUCUUCGUUUUCACUCACUCACUUCAUACACCACCAAGUUAAUUAAUCAAAGAAAAAAAUAUCUAUCUGCAACCAACAAUCAUCGCAUCAUCACUCCCGUUUGCAUUUCCAUUUACACAGCACAGCAUUUUUGUCAGUCAAUACGAUAUGAUAUGAUAUGAUCACCACUGACCCUUCUUCACAUUGCACUGCUGCAACAGCAUCGUCACCGCUGAGUUUCUUCAUUUUCACAAAGACACGCAAUGCUCUUUACCAGCACAAGUUUCCUCCUCCAAACCCCACACUCAUAUCUGCUGCUUCCUUGUCAUCAUCCUUCACCAGUGAUGAAACCCCACCCGGAUUGGAUGUUCAAAUUUCGAACGGGAAGUACAAUCCACUGGUGAGAAGCAGAGCUACGCAGAGUAAGAAAAAGCAAGGGGAAGCAGCAGUAGAAGAAGAGGUGGUCGUGGUAGGGGAAAGAGUGGUCAAGUGUGAAGUGGAGGUAAUUUCAUGGAGGGAACGCAAAAUCAAAGCUGAGAUAUCUGUCAAUACUGAUGUUGCUUCUGUUUGGAAUGCUCUCACCGACUAUGAAAGGCUCGCCGAUUUCAUCCCAAAUCUUGUUAGCAGUGAAAGAAUUCCUUGUCCGCAUCCGGGGAGGAUAUGGCUAGAACAAAGAGGCUUGCAGAGAGCACUUUAUUGGCAUAUAGAAGCCCGGGUCGUGUUGGAUCUUCAAGAGUUUGUCUACUCUGAAAAUGACCGCGAAGUUCGCUUCUUUAUGGUUGAUGGCGAUUUCAAGAAAUUUGAAGGGAAAUGGUUGGUCAAGUCUCGAAAAGGAUCCCCAACGACGAUUUUGGGCUAUGAAGUGCAUGUCAUACCGCGGUUCAACUUCCCGGCAAUAUUCCUCGAGAGGAUUAUCAAGUCAGAUCUUCCAGUGAACCUACUGGCCUUGGCCUGCAGAUCUGAAAAUAGUUUAGAAGGAGAUGAGGAUCUAAACUCGCAAGAAUUCUUGAACUCGUCGUCGUCGUCCCUGCAUCCUCUCUCUCUCGAAGGUGCAGCAGCAUUGAAGGACAAAGUCAGUCCCACGAAUGUCAAGGAGAAGUUUGUUAAGUCUUCUUUCGGUCCAUUGUCUCCUUCCACUGGUGAUUUAAACAGCAGCUGGGGAAUUUUCGGCAAAUCAUGUCCACUCGACAGACCCUGUGUGGUGGAUGAAGUUCACCUCCGUAGAUACGAUGGCUUAUUGGAAAAUGGAGGCGUUCAUCGCUGCGUUGUCGCCAGCAUAACUGUAAAAGCUCCUGUUCGUGAAGUAUGGAGUAUUCUCACAGAUUAUGAGCGUCUUCCUGAGAUCGUCCCAAAUUUGGCAAUCAGCAAGGUUUUAACUAGGGAAAACAACAACGUUCAGAUUCUCCAGGAGGGAUGCAAAGGUCUUCUGUAUAUGGUUCUCCAUGCUCGAGUUAUUCUUGAUUUGUGUGAGCAUCUCGAACAAGAGAUACGAUUCGAGCAGGCGGAAGGAGAUUUCGAUGCAUUUAGGGGGAAGUGGAUUCUGGAGAAGCUAGGUAAACACCAUACACUAUUGAAGUACUCAGUCGAGUCCAAAAUGCAUAAAAAUUCCUUUCUUUCCGAAGCUAUUAUGGAAGAGGUCAUUUAUGAAGAUCUCCCUUCCAACUUGUGUGCUAUUCGAGAUUACAUAGAAAAAAGGGAGACCGGAAGUGUCCAUGACACACUCGACAACAACGAAAGGCAUUCAGAGGGACAAAGAGCUUUAUUGAGCAACAGCAGUGUUAUAGAAGAGGAUGAUGACUACUACGAGUGUGGAUCAAGUUCAUCUAGACAAAGACCUAAGGUUCCGGGCUUGCAAAGGGACAUCGAAGUUCUUAAAUCUGAGCUCAUAAAUUUCAUUAGUGAACAUGGGCAAGAAGGGUUCAUGCCUAUGAGGAAGCAACUACGAAAGUAUGGGCGGGUUGACAUUGAAAAGGCGAUUACACGCAUGGGUGGAUUCAGGAGAAUCGCAUCGAUGAUGAAUCUAUCCCUUGCUUACAAGCAUAGGAAGCCUAAAGGGUACUGGGAUAAUCUUGAAAAUUUGCAAGAUGAGAUUAUUAGAUUCCAAAGGAAUUGGGGUAUGGAUCCAUCCUUCAUGCCAAGCAGAAAAUCAUUCGAACGUGCAGGUCGUUAUGACAUAGCACGGGCGUUGGAGAAAUGGGGCGGGCUGCAUGAAGUAUCCCGUCUUCUAUCACUAAAGGUCAGACACCCAAACAGACAAUCCGUGCUCGCUAAAGACAAGAGGGCUGAUUGUGCUACGACUUCUGAUAACAGCAAUGUGAACGGACUGGAUAAGGUACCUUCCAAAACCUAUGUUUCACAGGAUACACACAAGUGGCUAAUGAAACUCAAGGACUUGGACUUAAAUUGGGCAGAAUAAGAUUCGCAUACAGAGAACUACAGCUUCAUUGACUAACUUUAUGUGUCCAAGUGACUCCACAAAUGCACAUAUAUGUAAAAAUUUAGGUGAUUCGUGACAUAAUUUUCAUCCCUUUUCCUCUCCACUUAUCUCUAGCUGCCGUAGAAUUCUACAGAUAUCUGUAAGGACUACAUCUAUGUAAUAUGUGUUUAUAGCUUUACAACAAUGCGCCUUUACUGUUUUC